GUAUGGCAAAGUUAUAUCACGCUAGAGGUGGGAUUACGACCGGUUAUUGUUGACAUAAGGAGAUGUGAUUAUGUGUCAAGCUGACAAGGUUUGGACUUGUGAUGGCUAACAUUGGCUGUCAACGUAACUGAAGUCCAAUCUGCCUGACACUCACUCCUCAAGGGUUUUCAAGACUCACCCUGAGUCUGGGCCACACCUUCUGGUAGUAGCCGGUAAGAAUACGUAGAAAAGGAACACUUUGGUUUUUGCCUGCUUGCCUUCACACUCGUUGGUGAGUUCACCUACCCUAUUGCUGGGGCACUUCAUCACCAAUAUCAGAACCAACUUCUUUGGGCUUCCAAAGUAAGCUGAAGACCAGCAGCUCUCCAGCAAUUCUCCAGGCCCUCGGUGCCAGAUCAGGGCUGACCUGAACAACUACCAGAAUCUUGGCCUCUCCGGUGGGAGGCAGCCAUUGCUGGACUGCCCGGACCACAACCUGUGAGCCAAUCUAGUGAAACCCCUUUUACUGCAUGUACUCUAUCAGUUGUUCCCUAGAGAACCCUGGCCAGCACACUCCCCAGCUUCUCCCAGGGGGGCCCCACCUGCUGUCCUGGGGGCCUGCCCCUUCCUGCUGCCUGUCUUCAUCCAGGACACGGUCAGAGAGGAAGCCGGUGACUCUUGGCCAUGGAUCUUCCUGUCCCUGGGACAAUGGGCCUCUGCUAAACUUGGGCACUGGCCACACCUGCCGCAGGUGCAGAACAGGGCAAUGCCGGAAUCAUCCGGGUUCAGAGCUGGCCAUCCGGUCCCAGAGAGAACACCCUGGCACCACAGGCUUCCCAUGUGCCCUGCGGAGGGCUACAGGCUUCCCAGAACCUGCAUUUAAAAAGGCAAGUCCUUUGAUUGGGACCUUUCUAACAAGCCACAGCCGGGCGGCGCUGCCUCUCGUGGGCACGGAGGACUCCCUCAGAACCUCUCAUCAGUUCAAGAAGAGAAGCCUCCCACGUGCAGUGGGCUGUUUUGCUUGGGAUUGCUCCGCAGUGUUUGGGGUGCAGCCUGGGCACACUGGGGCCGUGAUGUGCAGGACAGAGCCCUGUUGUCACCCCAUCCCCUCUGUGGCAGCCCCUUGAACUUGCCUCCUGAGAGUCAAGGCCGAGAGCAGCUCAUGGACGUGAUCAGGUGGAAACCCCAGGAAACCUUCAACCAGACCCAGGCCAGCUCCCUCCUGCGUGACCCUGUGGAGGAAAGGAACGGCACCAAUUGUACCAGGACCCUGAGGCUGCCAGAUGCGACCAGUGCCGCCUGGUACAUCCUCACCAUCAUCGGCAUCUUUGGUGUGAUCUUCGUCUUCCAGCUGGCCAGCAACAUCCUCAGGAAGACUGAGAGGCCCUUGGAGGACGUUUAUUAUUCCAACUUAACUUCUGAACUCAAAAGGGAAGGGUUUCAGAGCAAGGUGGCUGAGUGCUCACUGAUCAUCAGCAAUACAGCAGCCCUCCAGCCUCAUCAAGAUGGCCUGGACCCAAGAGGGGAAGAAGACGGGAUCCACAUGGGAACCCAGGGGGUCCCCUGAAAGCCAAGGCCGACAGACCACCAUUGGAGGCCUCAGCUGUUUUACAGGUAGAGAAGUUUGGGGUCUGCCGGGGAUCUUGAGAAAGGAACUGAGCCCUGGAUUAGGGCACGGUGAGCGUCUCUGGCCAUGGACACUUCUGAGUGUGAACAGUCACCAGCAGCUUAUAUCUUAGUUUUUCUGGUCUAAGAAGAAGGAACAAUAGAAGCCAUAGGUCAGAGGGGGACUCAGGGUUCUCGGGGUGAUUCAGGAUACUCCUGAGGGCAAAGGGGGGGGGCUUCUUGUCAUGGGAUGAAGGCUGAACGUGGAGUCAAAUGCUUGGGAUUAACAAUCAACUUCUAGGGGUCGUAUACAUUUCUGAGUGGCAGUUGAUCACCUGGAACAUGUAGGAGUUGGAAUUGUCACCAAUGGUGACUUUGUUUUAAAGACUUACUCCAUUGACUUUAGGACCAAAGUUGUUCGUAGCAGAAGCUAAUCAGUCAGUCUUCAUUUUCUCUGGAAGAGUGGGCGCACUGAACAAAGAAUUAAUUUUGGACUCAGGAACUCCAGACUCUGGUCUUUGACGUCUGAGGACCUAUGACUGAACUUCUCCGAAACUUAGUUUACGGUCACCUGAGGAGGAUGGUGCCAGGGCUGCCAGCCUUGCCACAGAGGCAGGCGCUAGGGAGAUCCUGCAUGGGAUGAUGUUUCGAAAUGCAAAAUGCACACAGAGAGGCGUGUUGUGGUGGAGGAGAUGAUGGUGGAGACGGCGGUGGACAUGGCGGUGGAGACGGCGGUGGACACCAAAUGGGCAGAGCCAGUGCUCUGGUUGGCGGCAGCAGCGAUGGCAAUGAUGGUGUUGAUGGUUUUAGUACUCGGGGUUUCUCAGAAUUCACCAAGUCCCCUUUUACCUCUUGGAUUAGGUUCUAGUUAGCACUCAGAUGAACUUAAUUACUGCAUUUCCGUACAUCACUAUACUAUGUUCUCACUGAUGCCCUCCCAGCCCCUGCUCUUCUCUACUGACCCCUUCCUGUUUCCAAAUGGUGUCCCUUUCAUGUCACACAUUGUCACCUUCUCUUGCUCCCUUUAGACCUCUGCAUCCUCCCUCAUAGUUUUCUAUUUUCCUGUGUGUAAAUGCACGUACACACAACCCCCCUGCACACAUGUAUAAUUCAAUCUAUCUCUACACAGAUCUCUCUCUCUCUCUCUCUCUCUCUCUCUCUCUCUAUAUAUAUAUAUAUAUAUAUAUAUAUAUAUAUAUGUAAAGAUAUCUGUGGUGUAUUUGUACACACACACACACACACACACACACACACACACACACACACACACACCUUCUCAGAGGAGUAGUGGGGAGGCCGGCAACCCUGGCCAGCAGUUAGGGGUGUGAUGGAGCGGAGAGUUGCAGAGGUUCCCUCCAAGAGCAUCGCAGGGCCCCGGCCUUGAAUAAAUGCCUACAGAGCAAGGAGUCAGAGCAGAUCACAUUUCUCUGUGUAGUUCAUAGCAUAUGGACACCUGGUCAACCAGACUCUCCCAAGCCUGGCAGGGUAACAACACUGUGGGACUGCCGAGACUCUUGUGCAAGAUAUGGACUCUGUGAGGAGAGCACACAUGAGAUACAUACAAAUUACAACAGGAUUAAGAGAGCUGAUUGGUGUACCAUAGGACAGGUCAAAAAAAGAUACACAUGUCUACAUUCAUACUGUAAGUAGACACUCCUGACACUCCUGAAAACUCAAUACAGUGAAAGCAGUCAGUAAUGGUCAUCUGUCAAGCCUGCCAAACCAUGUGCGCACAAAGCCUGGACCUCUUUGGAGAAUAUUAACACUGUCACUUGUCAGGAGGGAGCUGUCUGAGCCACAGCUGUAUCCCUCCUGGCUCGUAAAACGUGUCAUCACCUUCCACACAAGCGACCACCAGUUUGUUGAGGCGUGGACCAGUCUCAUCAGUACAUAGGCAGCAGGGAGCUGCCUUCUCUCCAAGCCUGGUGGGUAAUUUGU